GUUUCAAAACGCUCAUGAUUUUGACGUUUCGCUAAUUUUCCUGCAGUGAAGAAGGAAUGAAUUAGUCGUAAUUAUUAUUUUUCGCUUUAGUUUCGUCUAAAUUCUUAUGAUAAAGUGUAUUGUUAAUAAACGUAUUGUAUUCAGACCAAAACAGGGGAGAUAUUUUCAUCUUGCAUUUUGUAUAAACCAUGCAACUACCUCAUCAGCCUACACGGACCUGCGUAGGAGCGCAUGAGACUUGAGAGUACAGUGUGGAAGCUCACAUAACACAGUCACAAUGCUGGGCGUUGUCCUCACACUGCACUUGGCUCUGCUGACGGAGACCUUCGGCAAUGUCAUCGUGUACACACAGGAGACUCCGCAUGUUAUAAUGGAGGAAUUUCGUGACAUGCCGGCUAGUUUCGGCAACGACCUGCCAGCUGAUGGUCUGCGCGGGUUCCUAGUCGCCGGCGAGCCUCCAGACGGUUGCUCCCCUCUCCCCAACCCGCCGACUGUUGACAACUUCACGGAAAAAUGGAUAGUACUCCUUGCAAGAUACAACUGCAGCUUUGAAGUGAAGGUCCGCAAUGCGCAGGCGGCUGGCUACGAUUGCGCCAUCGUACACAAUGUCAACUCCAGUGAUCUCGAGACUAUGUCGGCAAAAAACCCGGAGGGGAUAGAGAUUCCGUCAGUUUUCGUAAGCGACCUCGCGGGCUUACUGCUAGCCGACGAGUACUUAUACACUAGCGGUUUCUAUAUAAUGGUGAACGGCGACCUCCCGUUCAACAUCAACACACACCUGCUUCUGCCGUUCGCGAUCGUCGUGGUGCUGUGCUUACUUGUUAUCCUUAUAUUUAUGAUAGUGAAAUGUAUAAAAGACAGGCGUCGUGCGCGACGUCAUAGGCUCCCGAGCCGAUCUCUGAAGAAGAUCCCGACCUGCAAGUUCAGCAAGGGUGACCCGUACGACACUUGCGCCAUCUGCCUCGAUGAUUACCAGGAGGGAGAACGGCUCCGAGUCCUGCCUUGUGCGCAUGCGUACCACGCGGUAUGUAUAGACCCGUGGCUGACGCAGAACAAGCGCGUGUGUCCCGUCUGCAAGCGGCGCGUGUUCGCGGCCGGCGAGCGGCGCCGCCUGCAUACAGACUCCGACGACACCGACACCGAGCCACUACUCAACGAUAACACCGCUACACAGGGCGGUACGUUCGAGGAGCAGAGCGUGAAUCCGUUCGUGCGCGCCACCGAGUUCAUGCGGAGACUGCGCCGGGAAAACCAACAGAGGAAUGCUGAGGCGGCUUCACAAUCAGAAGACAAUGACGAGACAAACCACGUCAAUGAAGAUACAGUGGAGUCGGGUGACAGAGAAGCGUUGCUGCCGGCGGUGGUGGCGGUGGGCACGAGCCGUGCGCCGGCCGUGAGCGGCGUGACGAGCGAGCGCCGGCCGCGCAGGUCGCGGCGCGCCCGCUCGCAGUCUGCGCACGCGCCGCGCGCCCCGCCCCCAGCCGCCCGCCUCCUACUGUCCGACACGCACUCCAUCAACACCGAGUCCAACGGCGAGAUCGGCGUAGCAGCCCUGCCGGCGGUUCCUCAGUCGUCCUCGAUCCCGCAUCAGGUAGAUUUAUGAAUAAGCCCUGGAAGCUACGGUUCUCAUAGUUUGACCGUCAACACUCCACCGAGCGAGCACGCUCCCUCUAUUGGCUCUGUCGCUCGCCCCUGUGUCGGCAACCAUGUUAUACGAAAAUGAAUCUAAUGCGUAUAUAAUUAAUUUACUUUUUUCAAUGAGCAUUUUCGACAAUCCCUGCACAAAAAAUUUAAUAUCUAAAUAAUUUAAAGGUCAGUAAUGUAUGUAAUAAAUAUUUAUUUCGAAUAUUAAAAUGGAAUUGACAUAAAUCAGAUUGGCUACAUGGAUUAAAAAUGAGGUCGGUGUCACUGGGCGCUCCAUCAAAGAGAAUAAAUGUUCGAAUUUCAAUUGAUAACAUAACAUAACAUAUAUAUUUUUAUAAGGAAUUCUUCAAACACGUUUAGACUUUGUGUCUCUAAAAACUCUCGCUUUAAUUGAAAUGUGACUUUUUUGAAUACAUUUUUGUGGUAAUCAAUAAACCAAAUUUCAUCGGAAUAAAGAAUGUCCUGCACUUGUUUCGUAUCCAUAAAUAACGUUAAGUCGGUCUCCUUAAGCUGUUUGAUGUGUGUUUCAAACUAAUAAACUAAUCUGAAACUC